UCAUGUGAGAAGUUUUUAAAAAUAUCUCUAUCGUUGGAAUCUACAGCAUAAACUGUAGCUAAUAAAAAACAUUUUGCUUUUUCCCUACUCUUCGCUGUGGAUAUUUCUGUUUUGAAGAAUGGAAGUUAGAAUGAGAAAUCCUUCUUCCAUCCCAUCAUCUCCUAAAUGAAUGCGCAGAUACAUUCAAGAUGCCGAGCAACAGACCUUCAGGAAACUGCACUGAUCCUCAUAUGGGAUUUCAGUCCUCCCUAUACGCAACCACUUACACCAUAAUAUUCAUACCUGGUCUUCUGGCAAACAGUGCUGCAUUAUGGGUUUUAUGUCGCUUCAUCAGGAAGAAAAACAAAGCUGUUAUUUUUAUGAUUAAUUUGGCUGUAGCUGAUCUUGCACAUGUUCUCUCAUUACCUCUUCGAGUGUAUUAUUAUAUAAACCACAUAUGGCCUUUUGGGAGUUUCCUUUGCCAGUUAUGUUUCUACCUGAAGUAUCUCAACAUGUACGCAAGUAUUUGUUUCCUUACCUGCAUAAGCAUUCAAAGGUACCUUUUCCUUCUCCAUCCAUUCAAAGCCAAAGACUGGAAGUGCAGGUAUGAUGUCACCAUUAGUGCUGUUGUGUGGAUCAUUGUUGGGGCUGCUUGCUCACCAGUUCCAAUCCUGAGAAGUCCUACCUUAUCCAACAAUACAAACACCUGCUUUGCAGAUCUUGGAGUGAAGCAAAUGACUAUGGAAUCUUCUAUUACUUCAGUAACAAUAGCUGAAUUAUUAGGGUUUGUGGUCCCCCUAGUUAUUAUUGCAUACUGCACUUGGAAAAUGCGACAAUCUCUACAGGACUGUCAAGUGCCCUUGCAACAGAGAAGUGAGAAAGAGAAAGCUUUACGGAUGAUUCUGAUGUGUGCAGCUGUAUUCUUCAUAUGUUUCACACCAUAUCAUAUAAACUUUCCUUUAUUUAUGAUGGUGAAACAGAAUGUUAUUACAAACUGCGCCAUACGCAGAAGCACUCUUCAUUUUCAUCCAGUUUCUUUAUGUCUUGCAAGUUUGAACUGUUGUCUGGAUCCAAUCCUCUAUUACUUUAUCACAUCAGAGUUUCAGAACAAAUUAUUGCAAUGUAGCGGCUUUGCCCUCAGGAGUUGUCUCAUGGACAAAGAGAGUGACUCAUCUUCCCAAGAAAACAGCGAUGAUACUAAAACACAAAAACCCUUUUCAUGUUUUAAAUUUCGGUCUUUUCCAAAACUCUGGUCAAAUAAAUACACAGAAACUCCUCUAACUGAACCAGAGGGGCUUUUAUUACAAUAAGCCUUUUGAAACUCAAGACAGUUUGUUCAGCAUAGGUGAAGUCCAAAGCUCAAAUGGAGAUCACAUUAAGCCCAGAAAUAUGUACUGAAUAACAGUACAUAUUCUUCCUUAAAAAGACGCUCCCGAAUGUAAUCGUAGCAGCUGAUCUAUAUAUUGAAAUACCAUUGACCAUAAUGGGAAUUCCAGCCACCGAACAGUUACAAAACAGCUACAGCCUAGGGUUCCACAUAGGCCAUUUCCAGUUCUGAUGUUGAUGCACCUAUGAAAAUGUUAUGUCAUGGUUAUAUCUCUGCUUUUAGACAAUCCUUGCCUUAAAGGACUUUUACCCAAGGUACAUUUAGAAUAUCUGGUAUA